AUGGCUGCAAGGAAAUCAGAUACUGAAAGAAAACGCAACUACAGGCUCCGCAAAGCUGCUAACUUGGCUCUUACCAGUGGUUCAUUAGAAUCGACUACUUCAUCCUCUUUUCGUUCAGCAGAAAGGUCAAACGAUGCCCAAAAUGGUACUCAACAACAGCUCACAAACCAACAACCUCAAUCGUUAGCAGCAGAACCAGCACAAACCACUGUACAACCAGGUACCUCUUCAGAUCAAAUUGAAGUACAGCAGGCACAAUCUACCUGGAACACUAAAUGGAAAUCCUCGAUCAUGAGAUUUACAUCAAUUUUUCUGGACAACAACUUUGGCUACACUUGCUCGGUUUGCGACAGACUGUGGUUCAAGAACAACCUCAAACCCUGCGGCACAGCUGAAGGUGACAUCGGAUUGGUUCAUCAAAGAAAAUCGACAACUUUGUAG